AUGUCUAGCGAUUUCGCUAUCUAUAUUCGAGACAAGCUUUUCGACAGCAAAACAUCUGUCGACCAUAAAAUCUUACAUAGUGUAAACAAGAAAGGGGAAUUUGUUCUAAAGUUCUGUUUCUGGGAAUAUGACAAGAACCAUAAAACAUUACAAAGAGCAGUCUUAAAAUUUGUCAAUGACAGACUUGUUGACAGAGAUGACGCCGAUUGGAAAGAUGAAGUCCAACAAAAGUUCUUAGAAUGCAAAGAAGGCACAUGCGCUGUUCUUGAAGAUGAAAUAGAAAACAGAAUAGAAGAGCUAUUAAAGGACAAAGAACUUUUACAUAAAUAUG